CGCCGCCCACAGUCCCUGACUACUCUGCAGGUCACCAGCCCUGAAGAUGAAGGUUUGGCUGCUGCUGGGACUUCUGUUGGUACACGAAGCGCUGCAAGAUGUUGCUGGUCAACACCCCCCAAAGAACAAGCGUCCAAAGGAACAAGGAGAAAACAGGAUAAAACCUACCAACAAAAAGGCCAAACCCAAGGUUCCAAAAACAAAGGACAGGGACUCAGCUGACUCCACACCAAAGAGCCAGUCCAUCAUGAUGCAAGCAAUGGAUAACGGUCGCUUCCAGAAACCUGGUGCUGUGAUGAGUCUGACGGCAGGGCAAACUGUAGAGCUCCGCUGUAAAGGGAGCAGGGUGGAGUGGAGUUACCCCGCCUAUCUGGACACCUUCAAGGACUCCCGUCUCAGUGUGAAGCAGAAUGAGCGCUAUGGGCAACUGACUCUGGCCAACUCCACCUCAGCUGACACGGGUGAAUUCAGCUGCUGGGGGCAACUGUGCAACGGUUACAUCUGCCGACGAGACGAGACCAGAACAGGCUCCACCUACAUCUUCUUCACAGAGAAAGGAGAGCUGUUUGUACCUUCCACCAGUUACUUUGAUGUUGUCUAUCUGAACCCGGACAGACAGGCUGUGGUUCCUUGUCGAGUUACAGUGCCAUCAGCCAAAGUCACGCUCCACAGAGAGUUUCCGGCCAAAGAAAUCCCUGCCAACGGAACAGAUAUUGUUUAUGACAUGAAGAGAGGCUUUGUAUACCUUCAGCCUCAAUCUCAUCACCAGGGUGUGGUCUACUGCAAAGCUGAGGCUGGGGGCAAGUCUCAGAUCUCCGUCAAGUAUCAGCUGCUCUACGUGGAGGUUCCCAGUGGCCCUCCGUCAACAACCAUCUUGGCCUCCUCCAACAAAGUGAACGGUGGGGAUGACAUCAGCGUGCUGUGCACUGUCCUCGGGGAGCCGGAUGUUGAGGUGGAGUUCAGGUGGAUCUUUCCUGGACAGAAGGACGAAAGGCCUGUGACCAUUCAAGACACCUGGAGACUGAUCCACCAAGGACUGGGGCACACCACAAGAAUCUCCCAGAGUGUCAUCACUGUUGAAGACUUUGAGACGAUUGAUGCAGGAUAUUAUAUAUGCACGGCUCAGAAUCUCCGAGGACAGACAACAGUGGCUACCACUGUUGAGUUUUCCUGACUUGGAAAGUGAAGUACGGUCGACCGAUGGAAAGCCAUCUGUAUAUACAAUGUCGAGGUGCUUUUUUUUUUAAAAAAAAAAAAAGAGCUUUGUGGGAGGCCAGUACCAAAGGCCAACCGCUGCCUCUGAGUCAGACAGACAUCCAAAACAAACGGAAGUCAUCCGUCUAUUAAAAGAAGUGCUAACUUUCCUAGAAGAAAAGUGUAUUUUGAUUACUUUCAACCAUGUUUCUCAUUUUUAUGCUAAGAAAACAUGUCAACAACUUUGUAUAAUCAUUUCUAUUAAAUGAGCAAGAUUUUAUAAAAAAGAUGUAAGCUGCUUGUUGUCUCCUUUGGCUUGUGCAUACUGAAGGGCUUGACAGCAAUCUCUGUGGUAC